GCCGGUGAGGCGCUGGGCUGGUUGGGAAGGUGGGGUCGCGGUUGAAGGGUCGGGUGCAGCCAGCAUCCUGUGCUCAGCCCAAGGCGUCGGCGGAGGAAUGUGGCAUGGUCGUACUCGGACACUGGGAGACUUCUGAGGAUCAGACCUGUCUACAGGCAGCUGGCAAGGCUGCUUUUCUACGCUAACACUGAGGAGCUAAUUGGCACCAUGAAAGUCUUCUGCGGGCGGGCCAACCCAACCACGGGGUCUGUGGAGUGGCUGGAGGAGGAUGAGCAUUAUGAUUACCACCAGGAGAUCGCAAGGUCAUCCUAUGCUGAUAUGCUGCAUGACAAAGACAGGAAUAUGAAAUAUUACCAAGGUAUCCGGGCUGCUGUGAGCAGGGUGAAGGACAAAGGACAGAAGGCCUUGGUUCUUGACAUUGGCACUGGCACAGGACUCUUGUCAAUGAUGGCUGUCACGGCUGGUGCUGACUUCUGCUAUGCCAUUGAGAUUUUCAAACCUAUGGCUGAUGCUGCUGUGAAGAUUGUGGAGAAAAAUGGCUUCAGUGAUAAGAUUAAGAUUAUCAACAAGCAUUCCACUGAGGUGACCAUAGGGCCAGAUGGUGACAUGCCAUGCCGUGCCAACAUCCUGAUCACGGAGCUGUUUGACACGGAACUGAUUGGGGAGGGAGCACUGCCCUCCUAUGAACACGCACACAGGCAUCUCGUGCAGGAAAAUUGUGAGGCAGUGCCUCACAGAGCAACCGUCUACGCGCAGCUGGUGGAGUCCAGGAGGAUGUGGUCGUGGAACAAGCUGUUUCCCAUCCGUGUUCAGACCAGCCUUGGAGAGCAAGUCAUCGUCCCCCCCUUGGAACUGGAGAGGUGUCCUGGCGCGCCCUCUGUCUACGACAUUCAGCUGAACCAGGUGUCUCUCACUGACUUCACUGUCCUCAGCGACGUGCUGCCUAUGUUCAGUGUGGACUUCAGCAAGCAAGUCAGUAGCUCAGCAGCCUCCCAUAGCAGGCAGUUUGAACCUCUGGCAUCUGGCCAAGCUCAGGUGGUUCUCUCCUGGUGGGAUAUUGAAAUGGACCCUGAGGGGAAGAUCAAGUGCACCAUGGCCCCCUUCUGGGCACACUCGGAUCCAGAGGAGCUCCAGUGGCGCGACCACUGGAUGCAGUGUGUGUACUUCCUGCCAGAAGAGGAGCCAGUUGUCCAGGGCUCAGCCCUCUGCCUGGUAGCCCACCACGACGACUACUGUGUGUGGUACAGCCUCCAGAGGACCAGCCCCGAAAAGGAUGGGAGAGCCCACCCAGCACGCCCUGUGUGUGACUGCCAGGCUCACCUGCUCUGGAACCGGCCUCGGUUUGGAGAGAUCAAUGAUCAGAACAGAACUGAUCAAUACGUCCAGGCCCUGAAGACGGUGCUUAAGCCGGACGGUGUCUGCCUGUGCGUCAGUGAUGGCAGUCUGCUCUCCAUGCUGGCCCAUCACCUUGGGGCAGAGCAGGUAUUUACGAUAGAGAAUUCAGCAGCUUCUCAUAGACUGAUGAAAAAAAUCUUUAAGGCUAACCACUUGGAAGAUAAAAUUAAUAUAAUAGAGAAACGGCCUGAAUUAUUAACACCUGCAGACUUGGAGGGUAAAAAGGUUUCUCUCCUCCUGGGUGAGCCGUUCUUCACCACCAGCCUGCUUCCGUGGCACAACCUGUACUUCUGGUAUGUACGGACUGCUGUGGACAGGCACCUGGCGCCUGGCGCUGUGGUGAUGCCCCAGGCUGCCUCGCUGCACAUGAUGGUCGUGGAGUUCAGGGACCUGUGGAGGAUCCGGAGCCCCUGUGGUGACUGUGAAGGCUUCGAUGUGCACAUCAUGGAUGAUAUGAUUAAGCACGCCCUCGACUUCAGGGAGAGCAAGGAGGCCGAGCCCCACCCGCUGUGGGAGUACCCAUGCUGCAGCCGCUCCGUGCCCCAGCAGAUCCUGACCUUUGAUUUUCGGCAGCCAGUCCCCCUGCAGCCCAUCUGUGCUGAGGGUGCCAUCGAGCUGAGGAGGCCCGGGAGGAGCCACGGGGCCGUCCUGUGGAUGGAAUACCACCUGACCCCAGACAGCACGGUCAGCACCGGCCUCCUGAAGCCUGCGGAGGACAAGGGGUACUGUUGCUGGAACCCCCACUGCAAGCAGGCCGUGUACUUCUUCAACACCACACUAGACCCCAGAGUGCCACCAGGUGGCCCCCAGACCAUCACCUACACCGUGGAGUUCCACCCCCACACUGGAGAUGUCACCGUGGAUUUCACGCUCUCCGAUGCCCUGGACCGUGGGUGCUGACCCUCACUUGUUGAGAAAUAAAGUGGCGGAGGGCGCCAGGCUCUAAA